CAAACCUGUCUCAACAUUUGCGCGCCACGUUUCUCACUCUCCUAUGCCCUCAUUUGCUCUGCUAGAAUAAGUUUACAACCUAAACUCCUAGCUUUGUUGAUCGUGGUUCGUCGCCCAAGCUUUGAGAUCGAGAGAAUUAUUUCGUUGGUUGAAGUAGCGGAGAAGGAAGUGCCGGUAGUUUAAUCGGAAAUGAGGUCGAUCGUUUCGCGGCUGAUCCAUUCGAGAUCAUCGGUUCCCAAGUUAUACACAGUGACUGCUUUUCAGAGCGGGAGACCAUUUUCAACAGACUCUAACAAGGUCGACGAACCGUUCAAGGUUGAGGAAGCUGAAACAGUUAAUGUUCCCCCACCUCCAACUGAGAAGUUGCUGGUGCUGGGUGGAAAUGGAUUUGUGGGUUCUCAUAUUUGUCAAGAAGCCUUAAAUCGUGGUCUUACAGUUGCUAGCCUUAGUAGGUCUGGUAGAUCAUCAAUACGUGAUUCUUGGGCUAACAAUGUAAUUUGGCAUCAAGGAAACCUUCUUUCACCUGAUUCACUGAAUGAAGCUUUUGACGGUGUUACCGCUGUUGUCUCUUGCAUUGGUGGUUUUGGCUCCAAUUCUCAGAUGUACAAGAUCAAUGGGACGGCAAAUAUCAAUGCAAUCAGAGUUGCUGCAGAUAAAGGUGUAAAGAGAUAUGUCUAUAUCUCUGCUGCUGAUUUUGGCUUGGUUAAUUACUUGCUACAGGGAUAUUAUGAGGGAAAGCGAGCGGCUGAGACAGAACUCCUCACUAAAUUUCCUUAUGGAGGAGUGAUUUUGAGGCCGGGAUUUAUUUACGGGACCCGUAACGUCGGGAGCAUGAAGUUACCUCUGGGAGUAAUUGGCUCUCCUUUGGAAAUGGUUCUUCAACACGCCAAACCACUACACCAGCUACCACUCGUUGGUCCUCUAUUAACUCCUCCAGUAAGCGUGACUUCGGUGGCAAGGGUUUCUGUUCGGGCAGCAACGGACCCCGUCUUUCCUCCUGGCAUCAUCGACGUCUAUGGCAUACAACGGUACAGUCAACAGAAGUCGAAGUAGAUUCGAUAAGAGACUUAAAAGGCAUGCACAUUUUCUCUCCCUAUAACACUAUAUAUAUCUAUAUAUUAGAGAGUCCAAAUCUAAACGUCUGUUGAACUUCUCACUUGAUGAGACUUACUCGACAGUUUGUGCACUGGGUUGAAGAUAAAAGACAGGUUCAUUUUCUUGUAUCUGAUGCUAAUAAUAUCAUGCAGAGAUCUGCAAAUUCAUGGUGUAGGAGAAGAAGUAUUCAUUUGGCUAGUUUGGUAUUGGUUUUUCCUUAUCUAAACGUUAUAAUUCUUUCCCAUUCAGUA